GCUGCUUCUGCUGCUGCUGCUUCUGUUAGCGCCGCCGGCCGCCGGGGCCUGGCGGGCUAGUGCGCAGGGCCUCCUGCCGGCUGUCAGAACCACGUACAGGUGCCUUUGGCCACCAUGAAGCUGCUGCACUCAGCCCUCCCCGGUUGCUUCCUGUUGAUACUGCUGGGCUUGUGGCGGGCCGCUCCUGAAGCUUACGCUGCGUCCACGGCCACGCCAACCCUCAGCGCCGCCUCCUUCCUGGGGGACCUCAUGCAUCGCUAUGGCGAAGGUGACAGCCUCACCCUGCGGCAGCUGAAAACCCUGCUGAACCGCCUGGAUGUGGUCAUGGACCGGGACAACGUCAGCCAGCCUGUGUCGGGCCCCAGGAACCUCUCCACGUGUUUCAGUUCUGGGGACCUGUUUGCUGCCCACAACCUCAGCGAGCAGUCGCUCAUCGGGCGGCGCGAGUUCCAGGAGUUCUGCCCCACCAUACUGCAGCAGCUCGAUUCCCGUGCCUGCAGCUCCGAAAACCAGGAGAACGAGGAAAACGAGCAGACAGCAGAAGGCGGCCCGAGCGCCCUGGAAGUGUGGGGCUUCGGGUUCCUCAGUGUCUCGGUGAUUAACCUGGCCUCUCUCCUGGGAGCCCUCGUGGUGCCGUGCACGGAGCGGCCGUUUUUCAACCGCGUGCUCACUUACUUCAUCGCGCUCUCCAUUGGAACGCUGCUCUCUAACGCGCUCUUCCAGCUCAUCCCAGAGGCUUUUGGGUUCAACCCCCUGGAAGAUUAUUAUGUCUCUAAGUCGGCAGUGGUGUUUGGGGGCUUUUACCUUUUCUUUUUCACAGAGAAGAUCUUGAAGAUGCUGCUGAAACAGAGGAAUGAGCACCACCACGGACAUAGCCACUACACGUCGGACACGCUGCCUUCCAGGAAGGACCAGGAGGAGGGUGUGACGGAGAAGCUGCAGAAUGGGGACUUGGACCACAUGAUCCCCCAACACAGUGACGGCGAGCUGGAUGGCAAGGCCUCUGCCGUGGACGAGAAAGUCAUCGUGGGCUCGCUGUCCGUGCAGGACCUGCAGGCAUCACAGAGUGCCUGCUACUGGCUGAAAGGCGUGCGCUACUCCGACAUUGGCACCCUGGCCUGGAUGAUCACGCUCAGCGAUGGGCUGCACAAUUUCAUCGACGGGCUGGCCAUCGGCGCCUCCUUCACCGUGUCCGUCUUCCAAGGCAUCAGCACUUCCGUGGCCAUCCUCUGUGAGGAGUUCCCGCACGAGCUGGGCGACUUCGUCAUCCUGCUCAACGCCGGCAUGAGCCUCCAGCAGGCCCUCUUCUUCAACUUCCUGUCGGCCUGCUGCUGCUACGUGGGGCUGGCCUUCGGCAUCCUGGCUGGCAGCCAUUUCUCUGCCAACUGGAUCUUCGCGCUGGCGGGCGGCAUGUUCUUGUACAUUGCUCUGGCUGACAUGUUCCCCGAGAUGAACGAGGUGGCCCAGGAGGAUGAGAGGAAGGGCAGCGUCCUGAUCCCGUUCGUGAUCCAGAACCUGGGCCUCCUUACGGGCUUCACCAUCAUGCUGCUGCUCACCAUGUACUCGGGACAGAUCCAGAUCGGCUAGCGGCCCUGGCUCGGCAGCCCCCCGCCCCAGCCCCGGCUCCCGCGAGGCACCACCGAGGAAGCCGUCCCGCUGAAAACUGUGACUCAGGCUCUGGGCUGGGGUUUGGAUGUCAACUCUUCUCCACAGCCACUCUCCUCGGGCGUAUGCCCACCUGAGACCUGGUUUCUAGGGAGCAUCUGGCACCCUUGUCUCUGCCCUUCCUUGCUCACAGAGAUUCGAGCCUCUGAAUGCGGCUUCCAGCAAGAGCGUCCCCACGCCCU